AUGUCUGUGAGACUUGUGAAAGAAGAACAUGAGGAGGAAGUGUGUGGAGUAAAAGACGGGCGACGACGUCAGAUCUCGGAAGUGGUUAUCGAGCAGCUAGCAGACAUCAGGGAAGCACAUGUUGAAUUUCAGCUGCAAGAACCACAGUCGCCGUGCCUUAAACAGGAGGAGGAGGAGGAGACUGAGACGGUUCAGAUUAAAGAGGAAGACGAGGAGGACCAAAUCACCGCGUUUACAUUGACUGAUGUCUUUGUAAAGAGCGAGGGACACGACGAAGACGAGCUUUCGGCUUCACCGUCGAAUGGCGACAGCUUAACGUCACACUCUUCUGACUAUGAUGAUGAUGAUGAUAGUGAUAAACAGCAACACUCCAAAAGUCAUAAGACGUGUCGCCCAGGCUUCAAAUGUUCUCAAUGUGACAAAAGAUUUUUCAAAAAGAGUUCACUCAAAAGACAUACCUCGAGCACGCACGAGGGAGAAAAACCGUUUGCCUGUUCAUUUUGCGACAUGAGAUUCAUCGAAAAGUCCGGUUUAAUGAAACACACCAGAACGCACACGGGAGAGAAACCUUUUGCCUGCUCGGUUUGCGGUCAGAGAUUCGCGAGAAAUUCCAGUUUGACCAUACACGCGAGGAGGCACACUGGAGAGAAACCGUUUGGCUGCACAUUUUGUGGGAAACAUUUCUCAGUCAAGACGUAUUUAGCAAAACAUACAAGGACGCACACUGGUGAAAAACCCUUUCCUUGCAUGGUUUGUGGUCAAAGAUUCUCUGUAAAGGCAUAUUUGAAAGAACACGCGAGGACGCACUCUGGGGAAAAACCGUUUGGCUGCUUAAUUUGCGAUCAAAAAUUCUCUCAUAGGGCAAAUCUCACGAGGCACGCCAAGACGCACACUGGGGAAAAGCCUUUCGCCUGUUCGCUUUGCCCGGAGAGAUUCUACACAAAGUCAUGUUUAACAACACACGUGAGAACACACACCGGGGACAAACCUUUUGCUUGCACGUUUUGUGGCAAAAAAUUCUUUAGUAAAUCGCAUUUAAAGCGCCACACAAAUACACACACCGGAGAAACUUCUUUCGCCUGCUCCGUCUGCGGGAGACGAUUUGUGCAGAACGGAAGUUUAAAAUUACACAUGAGGACGCACACAGGGGAAAAACCUUUUUCCUGCUCACUCUGUGCUAAAAAAUUCUCCAGAAAGUCCCAACUAACAGCGCACACCAGAACGCACACUGGAGAAAAACCAUACGCCUGCCUACUUUGUGAUAAAAUAUUUUCCCGAAGGAUCCGUGACCUAGCUAUACCUGCAAUCUUCCAUGAGUGGGGUCAAAAGUGA